GUUGCAAAAUGCAUCAAACCAGAUCAACCCUUGUCAGAAAAAUAACAUUAUUACAGCGCCACCUAAAGACAAACGGCAGAUCUGGCGGGAAUUACUUUUCGACGUAAAUUUUUGUAAUUAAGUUCAAGUUGGUUGUAUUUGGAGCAAUUGGAUUAAAGGAUUGUUGCUUGUACGAGAACCAACUAGCUUUAAACUAAAAAUCCACGUAUUAUUGAAUAUUGCUAAACAGUUCAUUCACUGGAAAUUAUUCAUAAUGAAAAGUAAGAAUUUUAAAAUCACCGUCAUUUUUUGGAUUUGCAAUUUCGUCACAAUUGUGUCAAUUUCCGCCACCGUAGAACAAAAAAAUGUAAAACAAACAGAAUAUAAAAUUCUCGUUAAUGAGAUAAGUGCGGAUUUGCAUCACUUUUGGGAGAGCACAGGACUGUGCCCACCACGUCCACACCAAAACGCAUCUGAUUUUCUUCUCUCGGAAGACAUGAAGCAAAAUCUCUUGCUAAUAAGUUCUGUACCUCAUCACGGCAUAAAACGUGUAAGAGUGCACUGGUUGCUAGAUUUAAUCAAAUUUCAGAAGCAGAAUUAUUGCUUUGAUCGCCUAGAUAAUUUUGUAAAACUUAUGCGUUAUAAUGAGCUUUACUUUGGUUUUGAACUAAUGGGAAAUCCAGGAAAUAAGUUUACGGAUUUUGAUAACAUGACACAAGUUCUGGAAUGGCAGGACCUUGUUACUAUGCUUGCAAAGAGAUAUAUUUCUAUGUUUGGAGUUAAUUUUGUCAAGCCGUGGUUGUUUGAAACCUGGAAUGAACCAGACCAUAAAGAUUUUGAUGUUGUCAAAAUGUCAGUCACGGGAUUUCUUAAAUAUUAUGAUGCUUGUUCGGAGGGAAUUAAAAAAGCUUCACAGUUGCUUUCAUUUGGUGGACCAGGGGCUUCUUGUCGUGGUGAGAAGUUUUCUAAAAGAUGCUGGGCCCUAUUUGAACACUGUACAAAUGGAACCAAUUAUAUCACUGGUAAAAAGGGAAGCCGAUUAGAUUUCAUAUCAUUUCACAAAAAAGGCCACAAUGAUUCUACAUCCAUACUAUCUGCUGAGUUGGAAACUAUCAACAGAAUUUACUCUGAAUAUAAAACGCUAACAAAGACACCAAUAAUAAAUGAUGAGGCUGAUCCUUUGGUUGGUUGGAAUAAACCAUUGCAUUGGAGAGCAGAUGUAACUUAUGCAGCAUUGGUAACCAAAGUAAUAUCGGAACAUCAGCAUCAAAUAAUAGCAAACAAAAGCAGGAGUGAUAUAAACUACCACCUGUUAAGCAAUGACAAUGCAUUUUUAAGUUACGCACCACACUUCUUUACCCAGCGAACAUUGAAUGCAAGAUUUCAAGUGAAUAAUACAGACCCGAAGUAUGUGUUCUUGGUUAAAAAACCUGUGCUGAUUGUAAUGGGGCUGUUAUCGAAACUGGGUAAUGUUCAACUAAAACAAGUGAUAAAAUAUAAUCAGCAACAGUCUAGGAUUGGUGGGAUUUCUUCUGUGUGUAUGGAUUGUAGAACCACUGAAAUAUCAACUGUUAUUUACAACAGUGAAAAUGUCGAAGUGACAGAAAAAAUAACAAAGGUAAAUAUUGAGUAUAGUACUGCUGAAAAUACCCCUUUAAAGCCGUUUAAAACGUAUGGAAAUGACACCAUAAGACAUAUGUUUUGCAAGAUUGAUAAUGUGCUGACUAAUCCAUACAAAGUUUGGCAGGCAGUAGGAAGCCCAAGUUUUCCAACACCAGCCUUAUUUACUAAACUACAAAUUGCCAGUGAGUCUCACUGUACUGAACCAGAACCUUUUACUACUACAAGAUUUAAUCUCGAUUUGCGUUUGCCAAGUGUUGUGCUGCACCAGAUAUGCUGGAAACCUACACAACAACUGCACAACCCAAGUGAACUGCAUCUUCACAAAGUAUCCAAUAAUAUUGUGCUUUUAAAAUGGUCAGAUUCUAAAAUUACCACCAAAUGCAUCAUGACGUAUAAUGUUGAAUUCGCAAGAGAUGGUCGUAACUUUCAGACUGUGAACACUUUCAAAGUUCUGUUCAAUUCAUUUGCUCACAUAGCAUGUUCAGAUGGAUGCGUAUCUAACACAGUUUAUGGUUCAUACAGGGUUCAAGCUUUAGACUUUUGGGGCAGACCUGGACAGUAUUCUAAAGUUAUGAAACAUAGUAGCAAAUGAAAUAUCUUACAUUUUUCAGUCUUUUCAUAUUUCAUUUUUUUCUAAUUAAUAUCAUUCAAAUUUUAUAUAGAGUAUUUUAUUCUACGUUUCUAUAAAAAAUAUUACUCUACUUCAUUUACAUAAGUGAGUGCAAAUAAUAGGAACAUAAUUAUACAGUGUCAUGUAACAGUUCAUGAUUCAAUUUAUACAAAAAAAAGUGUUUGUUAAAAUGAAAUGAGGAAGAAAUAUAAGAGCAUGCAUUGCACAGCAGACAUGAAACAAGAUUGAAUGAGGUGCCUUAAUAAAUAGUAUGCCAAAAUUUUUAGAAAAUCUACAGUGUUUUACAAUAAUUUGCGCAAUAUACACUAAAAAAUGAACCUUACAAAACAGUGGUAUAAAACAUUAAGAAUUUUAAACUUCGCAUGAGGAUUCUGAACUACUUGGCACACUUUCAGUUUCUCGAUUUUUAGCAAAUGAGUUCUUUGGCCAAGGUGAAGUAUUUCUUCUUGCCCUACAAAUAUAUUAUUUCAUUUUACUUUCAAUUUGUAUUUUAUUACCUCAAUUCUUACCAUUCCAUGCACUAUAUAUUAUGUAUUCAUAUUUGAUAGCUUAUGUUAUUAAUGAUAUUUUUCAUUCAG